UAAAUAUUUAGAAAGUCCAAUAAUACUAAAGAACCCUUUUGCGUCCAAAUAUAAUAUAUAUAUAUUUUUUAAAAUUCUGGUGGAGUGAAUUCUAUUAUAUUCUAGAAAAGAAUAAAUAAAGCCUUGAAGCUACCAGAGGCAUCCGUAUACGUUGCUCUGUAGGCGAAUCAAGAAGUUUCCAAUCGCGUGCUUUGCUUCCUCUUCCACUUCCUUAAGAAUCGCUUCUCCGGGAACCACCUUUCUUCAUUGCUCAAUCCUCAAUCCCCUUCUCUUCUCUGCAAGGAAUCAAUCCGUUCCCCCCCCCCGACUUGGUUUGCUUCACACGUCGGUUAACGUGGUUUCCGUUUUCGGCGGGAAGUUGGUUAUCAUUCGGUCGCGAAAUCCGCUGGCUGGUUGGUUGGUUGGUUGGGUAGGGUAAGAAUAGAGAUGUGGCAGACGCCGUACCGGAAAAAUGACGUGGAAUCGGGGGCCAGGCCGCUGUACCCCACCAUGCUGGAGAGCCCGGAGCUCCGCUGGUCCUUCAUCCGCAAGAUUUACUCCAUCCUCACCCUCCAAUUGCUCGUCACCGUGGCUGUUGCCGCCGUCGUCGUCUCCGUUCACCCCAUUGCCGUUUUCUUCUCCACCACGGGGGCCGGCCUCGCCCUCUACAUCGUACUCAUCAUUACCCCUUUCAUCGUUUUGUGCCCUUUGUAUUACUACUCGCAGCGACACCCCGUGAACUAUAUUCUCCUCGGCUUGUUCACGGUGACUCUUGCUUUUGCGGUGGGACUGACCUGUGCUUUCACCAGUGGGAAGGUCAUUCUGGAAUCCGUAAUCUUGACAACUGCGGUAGUUCUAAGUCUCACCCUUUACACAUUCUGGGCCGCAAAGAGAGGCCAUGAUUUCAACUUCCUUGGACCUUUCCUGUUUGGAGCCGUUUUCGUGCUGCUAAUUUUUGCCCUGAUUCAGAUGCUGUUUCCAUUGGGUAAAAUCUCGGUGAUGAUCUAUGGCUGUUUGGCGUCGAUCAUAUUCUGUGGGUACAUAAUAUAUGACACAGACAAUCUCAUCAAGCGCUACUCCUAUGACGAAUACAUUUGGGCUUCUGUGUCGCUCUAUCUCGACAUCAUCAAUCUCUUCUUAUCAAUAUUGACCAUUUUCAGGGCUACUGAUUCCUAGAAAAAGCACAAUUUUCGAAUUCCAAACGCCCUUCUGUAUGGUCCACUGUUUUUUUUUUUUCUCAAAAUUGAUGGGCUUUUGUAAUGAAAAUAGCUGAUUGAAUAAAUCGUACUACUGAUCAAGUUUAAUGGAAACAUUGAGAGCGCAAUUCCCCAAUUUGACGUAGAUUACCACAAGCUUUCUUCAAUUGUGGCAUUUGUU